GGCAAUGACUCUGCCUCCUCGCAUUGCUGUGACGCGAAACAGCAUCUGCCAGGAUCGGACAAGGCUGGCUACAGAUGUUGCCCACUAGACCAGUUCGCCAGGGGGGUUGUGUGCAGCAGCCUGGGAAAGAUUUUGGCCGACGGCGAGUGCGUUUGCCCCUUCGACAUGAUCGAGGAUGCCAAUGGCCUCUGUCAAGACAAUACCCCUGAACCAUCCUGCAAAUCGGGCCUCUAUGAGGGAAAGUGUUACCUCUUCAAAGUCAGCGAUGGUCUCUUUGGGCCUGGUAUGGGAGGUCAAUACGACGUCGUAGAUGAGAGCCGAAAGUUUGGAAAGUUCAGGUUCUGCAAGACCGAAGCUUGCUCCGGCAGAUCAAGCAUCAAUCCCCGCGAUGAAUUCCGCAUCUACGACGUUCACGGGGACGGCCUGACUGCCCAGAGUUCCGGACUGUGGAUGACAUGGGCACCUCAAAGCCCCAUGGAAACCACGGCAACAUGGCGCAAGGCCUCGAGGUUGGCCAUCACUCGGUGGGCUGACGGAAAAUACUGCCUCUCGCAGGUAUUCGACGCCUUUGCCAACCAGCAAUGCUUCCCCAUGUGGGUCGUCGAAGUGCCUUGCGACAUCCGCGCCCCUGAAAACAACUGUCUAUGGAGCGAAUCUUGCUCUUGU